AUGCCCGCCUGGGAUACGGCAUCCUGGAACUUGCUCCUCCAUGCACACGCCGCUACUGGGCAGAUAUCCGGCGCUCUACUUGUGUUUGAUCGGAUGCCUUGGAGGAACAUUGUGUCUUGGAACACCAUGCUGGCUGCAUAUGCCCAAGCCGGGCAUGUCGAGAAGGCCAUGCACGUCUUCGAUCUCAUGCCGCUCCGGGACCUCGUCUCCUGGACAACUCUGUUAGCGAUCUUGCUCCAGAGGGACGAUAUCGACUUGCCUGCCAUGGAAGCUCUGUGCCUGAUGAUGCCCGAGUGGGACGCUGUCGCAAAGAAUGCGGUGCUCUCUUCCCUUGCCCAGAGUGGUCGACUGGAGAGAGCCAGGGAGGAGCUCUCAUCGAUGAAAGAGACUAGCUUGAUCACGUACAACAUCAUCUUGUCUGGGCUCCUCCAGCUCUUGGACUUCGAUGCUGCUCUCACCUUUUUCACCACUGAGAUGCCUGAACACAAUCUCUUCUCCUGGAACACCCUCUUGGUGUCCUAUGCCCAGGCUGGGGACGCCGAGAGAGCCAUUGUGGUGUCAAGCUUGAUGAGAGAGCAGGACAUCGUCUCCUGGAACUCACUUCUCCACGCUCUCGCUCAGUCUGCUCGUGUUGAGGAGGCCAAGCAGGUCUUCGACGAGAUGCCGCACAGAAACAUUGCUUCAUGGACGUCUCUUCUCGUUGCUUAUGCCCAGCACGGGCAUAUUGACCAGUCUGCAGCAAUCUUCGCCUCCAUACCUGAGCUCGACCUGGUAUCCUGGACUGCGAUGCUCGUCGCCUAUGCCCAGCAUGGCCUCCUCGUCGAGACAAAGCUCGUCUUCUACCAGAUGCCCGAGUGGAACCAAGUCUCUUGGAAUGCGCUUCUCUCAGCUCAUGCUCACCACGCCUCACAGCUCGCAGUGUCAUACAAGAUCUUCAACACGAUGCCAUCACUGGAUCUCAUGUCCUGGAGCUCGAUGUUGGGAGCUUACGCCCAGGUCGGGCAAGCCAACUCAGUGCUCGAUUUGUUUCACUUGAUGGCUGCCACUGCCGAGAGAGUUGACGAGAUUUGCUUCAUCCGGAUUCUUCAUGCAUGUAACCACAGUGGGGGCCUCUAUGCUGGAAGGAAUUGCUUCACAUCUUUAAGCCUGGAUUAUGGAGUGCCUCCCACCAAGCCUCAUUUCUGCUGCAUGGUCGAUAUCCUGGGACGAUCAGGCAGGCUGGGAGAUGCUGAAGACUUGAUCAAUACCAUGCCGUUUGUGGCUGAUUCACUUGAGUGGACUUGCCUGCUAGUGGCAUGUAGAAACCAUAAGGAUGCUGCUAGGAUGUAUGUGUAG